AACGAUACGUAAUGUACAUGUGUGAGACACCUGUGCGUUCUUCGCAGUGUAGCAUUUGAUAGCUGCCCUGACAUGUCGAUGGGCACUAAGAUAAGAUUUCAGAUACACACACCACUCACACUUCAUAUAGAAUUCAACGCUCAAACAAUGAUUGCGUACAUGUACGCAUGUCUGAUUUCAGUCUUACUGACUUGGUUUCUUCAACGCGGAAGCUGCAGCUUUGGGCCUCCGUAUCCAGUGACGGGUGCGUGGUUCCGAUCGCGCUCUACGUCUGGUGAUUGGAAUGCCACACUGCACGAGUUCUCCGAACAAGGUGGGAAUACUGUGGUUCUUCGUGCGCCGCUGUUCCAGUUUGUGGACAGAGAUGAACUGCUGAGCAACCCGGAUUACCAGUGGUGUUACUCCCGCCACGAGGACGGCAACACCUCGCACUGUGUAGACGAUGCCCUAGCACUACUUCAGUCACGUGGUGGUCAUGUGACACACCUCGCCACCUACGGGCCCGAGGAAAAUUUCAACACGUCACAGAUGUUGGUGUGUCCGGACUACGACGUCAUGAUUGUCUCGGACAGGAUUUACUACCGCAUCGUAAUACCUCAGGAUUUGAACACUAAUUGUAAUUAUUCGGGUGUGGACGUCAUAGUAGUAUUUGUCGCGUUUUCGGGGGUCGACUCUCAGGAACUACUUUUGCCUGUGGCGCAGGGAUACAACAUGUCGGUGCAUUUCGGACUUCCUCGGCUCUCCAUGACAGUUCUUAGCGUUCCAAACAAAGACCCUGUGCUACUUUCUUAUUUACUUUUCGUUCAGCGGAUAAUUCAGUCAAACAACAAAAAGUUUAAACAGUACCCACUUGUGGGAUAUUUUUGGUCGGAUGACGUCAUGCUACCGGAUGUUAACAAACCGACCGCUUUGCAGACGAAUUACGGGAAAUUAUUCUCGGAAUUACAUCUCUUACUCCAUGAAAACCACAAAACUUUCGGGUUGACUUCUUUAGUGAACACCAACAAACUUUUGAGUGGAAUACCAUCAACCGACCACGUCAAAGCUUUCAGCACUCUGGCCCGUUUCUGCGACAUUAUUUCGGUCAAGGACGGUCAAGGUUCGGGGACUUCAGGUCUGUUCUGGGUCACGCAGAGGUCACAGGUCAUCUCCAAGGCGGACCCUGGCCUGUUCGCGGUACUCCGGGAACAGUUACCGGUCCUGUCGACUAACACCACGUACGAACAAGUUUUCUGGAACAGCAUUUCUGAGGUGUUCGAUGCAUUAGCAGACGCGAGGGACGCCCUCCAGAAUAAGUCAGUCUCCGUGGAUCUUUGGCUUAACAUCGAGGUCUACGAUGUCUUACACACCGACCCCUGCCUUCCGGUGGACGAACAAGCUUCCGGGCUGGAUCGGAUGCUGAAUCCCAUAAAGAAGUCGCGUGUAGACAGCGUGCUUACGGCGGCCGGAACUGCCCCGCAAAAGGUGGUCGCAAUGGCCUGGGACCCGAGUUUCACGUGCGUCACUGACUCCCAGCCGGCCCCGCUGCGGACUCAAGUGCGCGCCGACAUGGGGCGGCCUGUGAUCGCCCACUGCUCAAUGCACUCGAGCUUUAACCGCUCAGUGGUCGUCAUUGGGUAUAACCUGGAUGGGCUGCAACAAAUGUAUACAAUAGACUGGCCAAACGCGAACGGUCAGCGCACAAAGAGCAACGUGUACGGGUACUACUUCGAGCUGGACUGGGGCAGUCAGCACCAGAGGGUCCCAUCCCUCAUGUACGUGCAGACGUUCGACCCGUAUGACGUCACGAAGCUUGCCCCGCGAGGGGUCGUUCGGGUUCAAGCCGGAAACAGUUACCACGCAUGCGUAUUUGAGUAUGACUUCACCAAAGCAGACGACGACAAUAGAUUACAAAAACACGAGUCAAGAGUUGCCAAGAAGAAAUAUGUCCGAGUUAAAAACGAGCCAUAUCGCAGAAUUGAAGCGCAAGAUUCUAAAUUUUAGACGGUUUUUUGUCAAGCAAAUUAAUGAUAUUAAAUAUAUAUAUAUUU